CUGACAGCUGGCGAGAGGGCGAAGGAGCUGGGGGAGAAGGAGGGAAGGGAUUCGUCGGAGUAACUUUCCAGAAAAACAGUCAACGUGUAGCAGGAGUGACUCCAAGAGGGGAAAAAAAGUUCAGUUACCACGUCGAACCAGAGGACUCGCAAAGUAUUUUUCAAAUGGGCUCGGCUUUUCCUGUGCCUGUUUAAAACAUUAAAAUCGUGCAGCAAAAGAGGCUGCGUGCGCUGGUCCCUCCCUCCCCCACCCGGGCCUGAGACGUCAUGGGAGGGAGGUAUAAAAUUUCAGCAGAGAGAAAUAGAGAAAGCAGUGUGUGUGCAUGUGUGUGUGAGAGAGGGAGAGGAGCGAGAGGGAGAGAGAGAGAGGGAGAAGGAGAGGGAGAAGCAGCAGGGAGAGGAAGGGAGGGAAGCAGAAAGCCAAGGCCAAGGGAAUGAGCAAGAGAGGGGAGAGAUAGGGGAAGAAGCCUGAGAAAGAAGGAAUAACAGCUUUCCGGAGCAGGCGUGCAGGGACCUGGCUGCUAUUUUCUUUUUCUUCUCCUUUUUAUUUUUGUAAAGAGAAGCAGGGAACAGAAGCAAUGGCCGAGGGAGAAGACAAGCCGAGGUGCUGGUGACCUUGGGCGUCCAAGUGGAUUAUUGGGGCUGCUCUCCAGGGGCCUGUCCUCCCUGCCUUCCAAUUGCACAUACCCCCACUUCCCAGCCAAUGAAGACGAGAGGCAGCGUGAACAAAGUCAUUUAGAAAGCCCCCGAGGAAGUGUAAACAAAAGAGAAAGCAUGAAUGGUGUGCCCGAGAGACAAGUGUGUCCUGCGCUGCCCCCACCUUUAGCGGGGCCAGUCCAGCCCAGCCCUGCCUCUCCCCACCUACUCACUGGCUAUCUGACUUUUUUUUAAACAUUUUUUUUUCUCCUUUUCUUUUCCAUUCUCUUUUCUUAUCCUCCUUCAGGGCAAGGCAAGGAUUUUGAUUUUGGGACCCAGCCAUGGUCCUCCUGCUCCUUCUUUAAAAUACCCACUUUCUCCCCAUCGCCAAGCGGCAUUUGGCAAUAUCAGAUAUCCGCUCUUAUUUAUUUUUACCUAAGGAAAAACUCCAGCUCCCUUCCCACUCCCAGCUGCCUUGCCACCCCUCCCAGCCCUCUGCUUGCCCUCCACCUGGCCUGCUGGGAGUCAGAGCCCCGCAGAACCUGUUUAGACACAUGGAGAAGAGACCCAGAGCUCCAAGGCACACAGUCGGCGUCUUCGCGCUCAGGGUUGCCAGUGCUUCCUGGAAGUCCUGAAGCUCUCGCAGUGCAGUGAGUUCAUGCACCUUCUUGCCAAGCCUCAGUCUUCGGGAUCUAGGGAGGCCGCCUGGUUUUCCUCCCUCCUUCUGCACGACUGCUGGGGUCUCCUCCUCGCCGGGCCUCGCAGCAGCGCCCCCCCCCCCCAGCCGCUCUCCCCAGCUUGCGCAUGAAGAUGCACUUGCAAAGGGCUCUGGUGGUCCUGGCCCUGCUGAACUUUGCCACGGUCAGCCUCUCUCUGUCCACUUGCACCACCUUGGACUUUGGCCACAUCAAGAAGAAGAGGGUGGAAGCCAUUAGGGGACAGAUCUUGAGCAAACUCCGGCUCACCAGUCCCCCCGAGCCAUCGGUGAUGACCCACGUCCCCUACCAGGUCCUGGCCCUUUACAACAGCACCCGGGAGCUGCUGGAGGAGAUGCAGGGGGAGAGGGAGGACAGCUGCACUCAGGAAAACACCGAGUCGGAGUAUUAUGCCAAAGAAAUCCAUAAAUUCGACAUGAUCCAGGGGCUGGCGGAGCACAAUGAGCUGGCCGUCUGCCCCAAAGGAAUCACCUCCAAGGUUUUCCGCUUCAACGUGUCCUCAGUGGAGAAAAAUGGAACCAACCUGUUCCGAGCAGAAUUCCGGGUCUUGCGGGUGCCCAACCCCAGCUCCAAGCGCAGCGAGCAGAGGAUCGAGCUCUUCCAGAUACUCCGGCCUGAUGAGCACAUUGCCAAACAGCGCUAUAUCGGCGGCAAGAAUCUGCCCACACGGGGCACUGCCGAGUGGCUGUCCUUUGAUGUCACUGACACUGUGCGUGAGUGGCUCUUGCGAAGAGAGUCCAACUUAGGUCUGGAAAUCAGCAUUCACUGUCCAUGUCACACCUUUCAGCCCAAUGGAGACAUCCUGGAAAACAUUCAUGAGGUGAUGGAAAUCAAAUUCAAAGGUGUGGACAGUGAGGAUGAUCAUGGCCGUGGAGAUCUAGGGCGCCUCAAGAAGCAGAAGGACCACCACAACCCUCACCUCAUCCUCAUGAUGAUUCCCCCGCACCGGCUGGACAACCCAGGCCAGGGCGGGCAGAGGAAGAAGCGGGCCCUGGACACCAAUUACUGCUUCCGCAAUUUGGAGGAGAACUGCUGUGUGCGCCCUCUCUACAUUGACUUCCGACAAGAUCUGGGCUGGAAAUGGGUCCAUGAACCUAAGGGCUACUAUGCCAACUUCUGCUCCGGCCCUUGUCCCUACCUCCGCAGCGCGGACACAACCCACAGCACGGUGCUGGGACUGUACAACACUCUGAAUCCUGAAGCCUCUGCCUCACCUUGCUGUGUGCCCCAGGACUUGGAGCCCCUGACCAUCCUGUACUAUGUUGGGAGGACCCCCAAGGUGGAACAGCUGUCUAACAUGGUGGUCAAGUCCUGUAAGUGUAGCUGAGACCCUGCCUGCGACAGAGAGAGAGGACAGAGGACUGCCACCGCCUGACCGCCUGCUCCUCGGGAAACACAAAGGCAACAGACCUCACCUAGAGGCCUGGAGCCCCCAACCUUCGGCUCCAGGCAGAUGGCUGAGACGAAGUUCCCUUUUGGGACAUUUCUCCUUCGUGCUGGCUCUGAGAAUCACUGUGGUAAAGAAAGUGUGGGUUUGGUUAGGGGAAGGCCCCACUCUUCAGAAUACACAGAUUUUCUGUGAUGUAGACAGAGGUGGUGGGGACAGAGGAAGAGGGAUGGCAAGCCGACACGGGACGCAUCAUGUGGCAAUGGAUCUGGGAUACCCUAGGGAGGAGGAAGGGCAGAGAAUGGCCGGGACAGGGCCAGGCCGGAAGACACUUCUGAGGUCAGAUGUGCUCAUCGCUGCCCCACAUCUGCUCUAGGGAAUCAGGAUUACAUUAUACAAGGCAAGCAUUUUCCUUCAGACAGGUUACCUAGACAAAGUCCCAGAAUUGUAUCUCCUACUACCUGGGAUUAAGGAUGAGUCUGUUAUUUUGGCAAAUUGUCCUCUCAACAUCAAUCAACAGCACCAAGGGUCAUUACAGGGAGAAAAAUCCAGGGAAUGUAGUUCCCGGGCCAUCAACUCUAUGGGGCCAUCUGGAUACGCUGAACUCAGAAGCAGAGGGUGGGAAUGAACACUCUCCUGUCUGCCCUCUGGGUCCCUCCUCUCGCCUUCUUCCUCAAUCGUAUUUCCCCUCGGACAUCUGGCUAGACACCUUCCAGGUCAGGGCACACAUAUUUGGAUUUGGGGUCUGUGCAGUCUUGGGGCAUUAUGGGUCCCCCCACCCCAGACCCUGUGUCCAUCUGGUGUUCCUGGAAGCAGGUGCUAGAACGGGUGAGGCGUGCGGGGAGGUCGCACAUGCGCCACACGAUGACUUGGCCCCAGACACGUAGACUGAGGUAUAAAGACAAAUACAAAUAUUACUCUCAAAAUCUUUGUAUGAAUAAAUAUUUUUGGGGAAUCUUGGAUCAUUUCACCUUCUGGAAGAUUGUCUCUAGAACAGUAAAAGCCUAUUCUAAGGUGUAAGUCUGACUGGAUAAAUAUCCUUGAUUACUCUUUUCUUAAUCCCACGUUCAUGUCUACUAACCAGAGGUCACUGGUACCUGGGGCAGAGAGUCUCGAACAGCGAAUGCACUGCUUAGUGUGAGUACUCUGGAUGGUGGGACGCUGUCCUGCCUUCUGCCAUUUGAGAAGACUUAACUGCUUGUGUUCCCUUCCUUCUUGUGGAGUAUUUUGUUCUCAGACACACAGAGGCAGUGGUUCAGAUUUGCAAAAAGUUGUAUGAAUUUGACCUACAUUUAACUGUGGGCAAAA